UUGUGCGUGACCGAAGGCCAAACUGAUUGUUGUUUCGAGGUCGUUCGGGAAAGAAGCUGGGAGCAAUGCAGCUCAAUCCUAAAAGGGAGCGACGUAUGAGAUUAAUGAUUGAUCAGGCAAAGUGAGCGAACAAGAAAAUUGGGGCUGGGGGGGUGGGAGGCGGGCCUGAGAAAUGCAAGGAAAUUGCGAAGGGUUUAGGACGAACGCACGCACUCAUACAAAACCGUGCUCGGAGGGUAAAAGAAAGGGAAAGGCGCGAGACUGGGGGGUUGGGGUCUUGGUGGGUUUGUGGGUUUGCGUGUUGCGCGGAUGGGGGUGUACUCGAAUCAGUCGUUCAUUCUCCGCCUCGUAUGGGAAGAAAAGUUGUGUGAGCAAGAGCUUGGGUAAAGUGGAUCAUUGAGGACAAAAGAGCAGUUGGGGCGCGUUAGCCCCUUUCCAAAAGCGG